CACAAGUGGGCACGCCCAUCCAACAUGGCGGAGAGUUCCAACUCCGGGGCUGGUGGUGUGGGUACAGAAGCGGGCGGGACGGACGCUAGCGCCCCCGGGGGGACGGGGCAGAGCCCCCACCCCACCGUCCCUAGCCGCCUCCAGGUGAACGAAGACUUGCUGGUUCUGAUCAAGAAGUACGCCAUGACGCUUGGAUUGUUGGUGGUUGUUUGGCUGGUCGGGUACUGGGCCUUUAGCGUCAGUUGGAUCAUGUUGGGCCUUUUCGUGUGGAUGGCCAGGGAGAAAAGGCAGAGAGCGAAGGAGUUUAAGAUCAAGACAGCUCGCAAGGCGGCCCAGAACGAGCAGGAGACCGUCUUGGCUCGUCUUGAGGACUUGCCGUCUUGGGUGUACUUUCCUGAUGUGGAGAGAGCAGAAUGGCUGAACAAGAUCCUAGCCCAGCUGUGGCCGUAUGUAGGCAGGUAUGUGGAGGACAUCUUAAGGACCUCGGUGGAACCGGUGGUGAAAGACUCACACGAGAUGCUGAAGUCAUUCCAGUUCAGCAACAUCAUGCUCGGGGACAUGCCCCCCAGAGUAGGCGGGAUCCAGGUCUACACAGAGCAUGUGCACAGGAAUGAGAUUAUCCUGGACAUGGAGAUCAUGUACGCAGGUGACUGUGACAUCCAGAUCCGCAUGAAGCGUUUCUUAGCAGGGAUUCAAGACUUACAGAUCCAUGGAACCUUGCGAGUUGUGAUGAAACCUCUAGUGAAGUUUUCUCCUCUCAUCGGAGGCAUCACUGUCUUCUUCCUCAACAGACCUGAGAUUGAUUUCAACCUGACCAAUCUGGCUGACGUGUUUGACUUCCCAGGACUCAGUUCCCUGUUGAAAGGAAUAGUAGCAGACCAGGUUGCUAACUUCAUGGUUCUGCCCAACCGAUACCCGAUGCCGCUCAUUCCUGACCUGGAGGUCGCCAAGCUCAAGUACCCCAUGCCUGUGGGAGUCCUGCGGAUCCACCUGAAGGAAGCGAAGGAGCUAAUGAGAGCCGACGUCGGCUUCAUGAAGAAGGGAAAAUCUGACCCCUACUGCACUCUGCAAGUUGGAGCCCAGAGCUUCAAGAGUAAGACAAUAGAGAACACCCUGGAGCCAAGAUGGAACGAGUAUUAUGAGGCUGUAGUGGACCAGUUGGAAGGACAAACGAUGCAGGUCAACAUGUUUGAUGAGGACCCUGGCAGUAAGGACGACCCACUGGGAAAUGCUGCUGUGAGCAUCUCAGAAGUGGUGAAGAUGGGAUUCAGUGAUAUGUGGUUGCCGUUGGAGGAUGCGACGACGGGACAGGUGCACCUGCGGAUGUCGUGGCUCAGCCUGAGCUCACAGAUGGAGGCGCUGGAUAAGAUGGAGAAGGUGAAGAGGAUUGCCGAUGCUGACGCCUUGUCGUCUGCGCUGCUGGUCGUCCGUGUGGACUCAGCCAAGAACUUGCCGACAGUGAAGAAGUCUGGCAGUGACCCCAACCCGUAUGUGGAACUGUCCGUCGCUCAGAAACAUUGGAAAACCAAGCCCCAGUACAACACCUAUGAGCCAGUGUGGGAGGAGGCUUUCAACUUUCUCAUCCAGAACCCUCUACAUCAGGAACUGCUGGCUGAGGUGAAAGAUGAGAAGACGAAGAAGACGCUGGGUAAGAAGGUGAUCAGUGUGAAGAGUCUCCUGACGUUGGAUAAGAUGUCGACCAAGAGGCCCUUCCGACUGGACGGGACGAGUGCAGAACUACACAUGGAGCUUAUCCUUAGGAUCCUCUCCUCGGAGGCUGAGGAAAGCGACGAUCUCGACGAAAUCGAGCCGAUCAGUCCGACUGCCGCCGGCCCCCCCACCCCGGCCGCGGCGGCCUCUGAACCCUCGCAACCGUCCCCCGCUUCCAGCACGGAGGACAGGCAAGCCAAUAACUCGAACGGCAGCGUAGUUAGGCGGCGCACCAACGCAGCUAACGCAGCUCCUGCUACCACCCCAACAAGGCCGAAGUCUGCACCAGCGGCCGACGGCCCGAAUCCCUACGCCUGUCAGGUUCAACUGAGCCUGCAUCACAGCACAGACACAGACAAACUACUGGUCACUGUGCAUAAAGCUACAAACCUGAUGCCGCUAGCGAACCAGAAGAUGUGUGACCCAUACGUCCGGAUCUACCUUCAGCCAGACAAAAACCGCUCCGGUCGCAAGAAAACCUCCGUCGUCAAGGACAACGUCAACCCGGCCUGGGACGAGACGUUGGAGUUUCCUGUGACUCUUGCAGAGGCCAAACAGAGAAGUCUGGACAUCGUCAUCAAGAACAAACGCUCGCUGUUCGAAACCAUACGGGGAAACAGUACGGGCACUCUCGGGAGGGUUGAAGUGGACCUGUCUAAAGUGGACAACCUGGCCACACAGAACAACCCGAUAUGGUUCGAGUUAAAACAAGACAUGGGUUCCCUCUCCAGAUCUUCAUCUGUGUCCAGCUACAGAUCAGAGCUUUAGUCCUGCCCGCAACAAACAACAAACAACAACAACAACAACAACAACAACAACUGCAGGGUGCGUCUAGCCUCUGUAGCAGGCUUAUAGAACUGG